AUGGAGAACAGGACCAGUGUGAAGGAAUUCAUUCUUCUGGGCCUCUCAGUGAGCCAAGGGGCGCAGAAAAUGUGUUUUGUGAUGUUCCUGCUCUUUUACCUGAUGAUUGUGGCAGGAAACCUGCUCAUUGUGAGCACUGUAACUAGCAGCCAGCACCUCACCUCCCCCAUGUAUUUCUUCCUGGGCUACCUGUCCUUUGUGGACAUCUGCUACUCCUCUGUCACAGCUCCCAAAAUGAUUGCUGACCUCCUUGCUGAAAACAAAACCAUCUCUUUCGUGGGCUGCAUAGCCCAGCUCUUUGGGGUGCAUUUCUUUGGCUGCACAGAGAUCUUCCUCCUCACGGUGAUGGCCUACGAUCGCUACCUUGCCAUCUGCAGACCUCUCCACUACACCACCCUCAUGACCAGGCGCCUGUGCGGCCAGAUGGUGCUCAGCUCGUGGGUAGGAGGCUUCCUGCACUCCCUAGCUCAGACUCUUCUGACCACUCAGCUCCCCUUCUGUGGCCCUAACACAAUUGACCACUACUUCUGUGAUGUGCACCCCCUGCUGCAGCUGGCCUGUGCUGACACCUACGCUGUGGGCGUCAUGGUGGUUGCCAACAGCGGGAUGAUCGCUCUGAGUUGUUUCCUCAUCCUGGUCAUGUCCUAUGCUGUCAUCCUGGUUUCCUUGAGAAGUCAAACCUCUGAAGGGUGGCACAAGGCCCUCUCCACCUGUGGGUCCCACAUCACGGUGGUGGUCCUGUUCUUUGGGCCAUGCACCUUCGUCUACAUCCGUCCCUCCAGCGAUCUGUCAGAGGACAAGAGCAUGGCAGUGUUCUACACCAUCAUCACCCCCAUGCUGAACCCACUCAUCUACACCCUGAGAAACCAGGAGGUGAAGAGUGCCAUGAGAAAACUGUGGUGCAGGAAAGUGGGAAGUGAAAACAGAAAGGUGUAG